CCUGCAUCGACCCCACAUUACUCCUCGUGUAGGCGAGGCCGGUGGAUGUUCAACGGGUGGAUCGAUAAUUAUUUCUCAAAGAAGAAGAAGAAAAAGGGAAAACAAAGAACGAAACACCGAACCUGUGCUGCUUGCUGCCGCCGCUGUCUGUGAGUGAGGGCGAGCGAGAGGCCGCUCCAUCGCCAGACGCCAAGAACCCUAGCCGCCUCCCACUUCCGAUCUAGGGGUCCUUGCCUUUCGUUCGCGAUCUCUGCUCUCCUUUCCCUCGAUCAUUUUUUGCUCGGGCGAAGAGAACGCAUCAUGAACAUCUUCAAGAAGAAGACCUCCCCUAAAGAUGCUCUCAGGACGAGCAAAAGAGAAAUGGCUGUCGCCACAAGAGGUGUGGAGCGUGAGAUUGCUUCCCUGCAGUUAGAGGAGAAAAAACUGGUUGCAGAGAUCAAGAAGACUGCACAAACUGGGAAUGAGGCUGCCACCCGGAUCUUAGCUCGUCAGCUUGUUCGUCUGAGGCAGCAAAUUACAAACUUGCAGGGAACUCGUGCACAAAUAAGAGGCAUAGCAACCCACACCCAGGCAAUGUAUGCAAACACUUCAAUAUCCACAGGAAUGAAAGGUGCAAGCAAGGCAAUGGCUGCUAUGAACAAGCAAAUGGAACCAGCGAAGCAGUUGAAAGUGAUGAAAGAAUUCCAGAAGCAAUCAUCACAAAUGGAUAUGACGAUUGAGAUGAUGUCAGAGGCCAUCGAUGAAACAUUGGAUAAAGAUGAGGCAGAGGAGGAAACAGAAGAACUCACGAACCAGGUGCUUGAUGAAAUUGGUGUUGAUGUUGCCUCACAGCUAUCUUCAGCUCCCAAAGGGCGGAUUGCUGUCAACAAUAAGAAAGUUGAUACUGCCUCAAGGAAUGUAGCUCCAGAGAGUUCUCAAGUCGAUGAUCUCGAGAAGAGGUUGGCAUCUCUGCGACGCAUCUAAUAUAGCCAAAUACUGUUCUCGCAGUGUAUGCAAAGUUUGCUUGAAGUCAUCAAAUGUUUUUUUAUCGAAAACUAGGUGUCUCUAUUCUUUUAAGGUUAAUGCUGUAGUAUCGACCCUGCCAAUUUACCAGCAUCGUUCUCAUGGUUUUUAGUGUUGGAGCAAAGGACUUGUAAUAACAUGCAUACCAUAUGAGAACAAUGUUUCUCAGUUACUGUAAAUUCAUGAACUUGGUGUCAAACUUUCUGAACUGGAUCAGAUACUAACUGUUUGCUUGCAAAACAGACAUUUUGGCUUA